ACGCUGGUGCGCGGGGAUGCGCGGUGCGCGUGCGGUGGCCUAGCGUUCGCGUUUAUGGGCCAGGGUUUCCUGUUUGUGAUGUAAUUGACAACUGCAGCUACCUUCGGCAGCCGAGACGUUGACUUUCUUGGCUUUUCUCGGAACUGAGGCUCGGGAGUGCCUGAGCAGAGCCAGGCCUGGAAGGCAUGUUCGCAGUUUCUUAGGUACCUGAAUGUCUGCUUUGUAUUUGAAACUCCUGGAACUUCUGGAAAUUUUAUUUUGAUAUAUAACUUGUCUCAAAUCACACUGCCUAUAUAUAGUAUACAGAUGCUUAGCCCAAACCUAAAAAUUACUGGAUUCAUCAGAUAAGAAAAUCAAACAGUGAGAGUUGUAUCUAGGAAGAUGCAGACCCUGAAUAAGUUGAUGGAUGUCUUAAAACCUCAAAACCUGACUCUACACGAACAAAGUGAAGUUCUGAGAGAAGAUGUGUCUUGGCAGCAGGAAACCAUCCCAGUCAGGGAGACCUGUGACUCUGAGGCCUCUCGUCAAAAGUUCAGACAUUUCCAGUAUGUGGAAGUGUCUGGGCCUCAUGAAGCCCUGAGGCAGCUCUGGGAGCUCUGUCUUCAGUGGCUCAGACCAGAGGUUCAUACAAAGAAGCAGAUCCUAGAACUGUUGGUGCUAGAACAAUUCCUGAUAAUUCUCCCUGAAGAGGUCAGGACUUGGGUGAAUUUACAACAUCCAAAGAACAGCAAAGAAGUGGUGACUCUCAUAGAAGAUGUGAUUGAAAUGCUUAAAGAUAAAGAUAUACCGUGUGAAGAUUCUAUCCUUCUCCAGAAGGGGAGCAUGAAGAAGGAGAAAAUGGAAGCUGACUCACUAACAGUCAAAUCCCAGGAACCAGUGACACUCAAAGAUGUUGUUGUGGAAUUCAGCACUGAAGAAUGGGGGCAAUUGGACCCUGCUGUAAGGAACCUCUACAGGGAUGUGAUGCUGGAAAACUAUAGGAACUGCAAUUCAUUGCGGAAAGAGCUUCAAUUUUCCAAACCAAUUGAGGUUCCCAAGUUGGAGAUUAAGACAAAAAGAUGGAUGAUGGAACAAGAGAUCCCAAGAACAAUGGUUUUUGGUAAGAAGCAGGCAGAUAGACAGACAAUUUCAGAAAAUCAGGAUUCGGUUUCAAAGCAGAAAAUUUCUGGAGAAGAAUCAUCCCAUAGAAUGAUAAUGGCAAAACUGGCCCAAAGUGGGCUUCCUUCUUUAGAUGCCUGGAAAAGGGAUGUUUGCUUACAUAGGAACCACGAACACCAGGACAUAUAUUUGCCACAAGGAACUUCUGUUCAUAAGACAAUUUAUACUGAGGAGGGAGACUUGGGAUGUCGUGAAAGUAAGAAAAGCUUUGAUGUUAAGUCAGGUAACUUAGUUUUUGAUACUCAACAGGGAGUUCCAAUGAGGAAGGGGUCCCCAAAGUGUGAUAAGUUUAAAACUAACUUCAAAUUUAAUUUAGACUCAGUAGGUAAGCAACAUUCAGAAUAUAAUGAAUAUAGGAAUGCCUCAAGCCUGAAUACAGAUAUUCGACACUCAGAAAGUCAUACUGUGAUGAAUCGCUAUGAAUGUUUUCAGUGUGGGAAAGCCUUCAGCCGGAGCUCAUCCCUUGUUCGACAUCAGAUCAUUCACACAGGAGAGAAACCCUAUAAAUGCAGUAAGUGUGAGAGAUUCUUCAACCGACGAACAAACCUUAGUAAGCAUCAAAAAAUUCAUCUUGAAGUAACGGCCUACAGAGGAAAUAAAUGGGGAACUGCCUUCAGUAAGAGUGAAAACAGUAAUAAAAAUCCAAGUCUCCAACCUAGAAAUAAUGCCUAUCAAUGUGUUAACUGUGGUAAAUCCUUCAGCCGGAGCUCCUCACUUAUUCGACAUCAAAUGAUUCAUACAGGGGAGAAACCAUUUAAAUGUAACAAAUGUGAAAAAUCCUUCAACAGGAAUUCAAAUCUUAUUAAACACCAAAAACUUCAUACUCGAGAGAAGUCCUAUAACGAGUAAAUGUGGUAUUACCUUCGGUCACAGUGCAGAACUUAAUCAACAUCCAUGAAUUUAUGCUGGAAAGAAUCCUGUGAAAAUGCUAAAUGGAAAAAAAAAACCUAUUUGUCAGAUAUUAUGCUUUUGUUGAAAAUUACAGAAUUAAUAUUGGAGGGAAAUCUCUCAUUGGAUAGAAAUCUCAGGGAGAUGUUCCAGGCUUCCAGAUAAAGCCACAGACUUUGGAGUUAAACAUAUCACCAUGCAAGUGUUUGUCAGUCAUCAUUCUGAUAUUCAUUACCAUCAUCUAGUUCAUAAAAAGGACCUCUUUACCUGAUCUUUUUAGGAAGUCCAUAUUUGGGAGAGCCAAGCAAUACAUUGGAGUUGAUAUUUAAUAAAACUCAAACUUUCAGUUCUUAUAAGAGGAUUACAAGAAACCAUGAGCUCACGAGAAUAUAGGAGGACAUUUCUAAGGACUAAAUCCUCUGAAUUAAUGGCAAAGACUACAGUGACAGUCAAUUAUUCUACCCUUAUUAAUAUUCGAGGCUGCCCUGGUGCUCAGUGGGGACUACAAUUGGAAAAGGGUUAUCAUCUGCAAUGGGAGGUGGAUGUGUUGUUAAUCUACAUGUAUUCGUUAAGAUCCAAAUUUUUUAAAAGUACUCUUUGGAACUAGGCUGGAGAGAUAUCCAUAGUCCUAGGUCUGUCAUUUAUCCUAAACAUUAAAAGGACAAUAAAGUAUCCUAAUUCUCUGUGCACCAGUACUUUGUUCCGUAAACUGCUUCAGGAUCCCAAAGAGUUCUUGAGCUGAGAAGUUUAUUUUAAUCUGCCCAAAAGUAUUCAUACUGGAGACAUUCCCAGUGAAUG